CCAAACAAAUCUUCUUUCAUCUGUUUCCAUAGUUUAAGACAUUUGCUACGCUGAGAUUUAGUAACAAUGGCGGACGAGCCAGUUCUCUUGAGUUACUGGCCCAGCUCUUUCGGGAUGAGAGCAAGAAUCGCAUUGGAAGAGAAGGGUAUAAGCUACCAAUACAGGGAAGAGAACCUAUUCGAAAAGAGCCCUUUUCUGCUGCAAAUGAACCCAAUUCAUAAGAAGAUCCCUGUAUUGGUCCAUAAUAGGAAACCCAUCUGCGAAUCCCUCAUAAUCGUUCAAUACAUUGAUGAGACUUGGAAGGACAAAUCUCCUCUGUUGCCUUCUGAUCCUUACCAACGAGCCCAGGCCAGGUUCUGGGCAGAUUACAUUGACAAGAAGGUUUACAACUGUAUAAAGGGAAUAUGGACUACAAAGGGAGAAGAGCAAGAGGCAGGUAAGAAGGAGUUCAUAGAGGUCAUGAAGCUUUUGGAAGGAGAGCUUGGAGGCAAACUUUACUUUGGUGGUGACAGUUUUGGGUUCUUGGAUUUGAGCCUUGUGCCUUUCUACAGCUGGUUCUACACCGUGGAAAAAUGUGGCAACUUCAGCAUAGAAGCUGAGUGCCCAAAGCUGAUUGCUUGGGCCAAGAAGUGCAUGGAGAGGGAGAGUGUGGCCAAGUCCCUACCUGAGCCACAGAAGGUCUACAACUUCGCUAUGGAACUCAAGAAGAAGUUUGGUUUAGAGUAGAUAAGAUAGAAAGGGUUUUGGAUUUCAAGCCAUGUAGAACAGUAGGAGUGUCAAGACUACUGUUAAGAGGGCUUUGUAGUAGUGUUAAUUUCUUGGGCUUUGUUCAUCCCAUUGUGUACUCUAAGGUGUAUUGCUUUGAAAUAAAGAACCUAAAA